AUGGCCGGUGGUGUCUCUGUCCGCGAUGUCGAUGCGCAAAAGUUCAUCAACGCCUACGCUGCGUUCCUGAAGCGUCAGGGCAAGCUGCCCAUUCCCGGUUGGGUCGACAUCGUCAAGACCGGUCCCGCCAAGGAGCUCCCUCCCCAGGACAUUGACUGGUUCUACGUGCGCGCCGCCUCCGUCGCCCGCCACAUCUACCUCCGCAAGACCGUCGGUGUCGGCCGCCUCCGCAAGGUCCACGGCUCCGCCAAGAACCGCGGUGUCCGCCCCAGCCACCACGUCGACGCCUCCGGCUCCGUCGACCGCAAGAUCUGCCAGGCCCUCGAGAAGAUUGGCGUCCUUGAGCAGGACGAGGAGAAGGGUGGCCGCCGCAUCACCCAGUCCGGCCAGCGUGACUUGGACCGUAUCGCCCAGACCACCGCCGAGGCUGAGGAGGACGAGGAGGAUGACGAGUAG